UUCCAUAUUCCCCACUUUCCAUGGAGAUUUUGUAGAGUUUCUAUCAAAAACCUUUGACUGACAAAGCUUCCUUAUAACACACACCACAACCGUUAUUACAGGGAACAAAUCGGAAGUGUCGAAAUCCUAUUCAACCAAUCUUACUAGGAACCACACAUUUAGCGAUUUCCUCAACAACCCUUCUUUCUGAUCCACGCUGUUUCACAGGUUUACACCAACUCCCUCACUUUUCUAGAUAUUCAGCACCAGUUGGAACCGAUUCUGUUUGACCCAUUUCACAUGGUCGCGUUUUCAAUCGGAUUUUUCCAAUGGUUUCUUUGAAAUGAUUCAAAAGAAACCCCAUUUCUAGAUUUUCAUCACCAACUGCAACCAAUUCCUCUUUGACCCAUUUCAUAUUGACGUUGUCACAUAUUUAAUCAGGUUGUUCCAAUGGGUUCUUUGAAAUGAUUCAAACACAGCCUGUUUUUUUUUUUUUUUUUUUUUUUCACAACCACCAUAUAUUGGCUUAAAGAAAAUUUUAAUUCUUUUCUCAUUUUUGGUAUGUUUCAAAGGAUGGCAAAUUUGAGUCCUGGGAUUCUUAUCAAGCUUCUUGGGGAGAUGGGGGUUGAUGAAGUGGAUCGAAAACCUGUUUUGUUACAAAUUAGAAGCAUAAUUCCUGCAAUGGCAGAGGGUGAUCUUUGGCCAAACCAGGGGUUCUAUUUGAAGGUUUCAGAUUCUUCACAUGCUAUGUAUGUGUCUUUGCCUCACGAGCAGGAUGACUUGGUUCUUUGUAAUAAAUUGCGACUUGGGCAGUUAAUAUAUGUUGAAAAGUUGGAGAUGGCAUAUCCAGUUCCCGUGCUUAAUGGGGUAAAUCCUAUCCAAUGUAGGCAACCCUGUGUUGGAAGUCCCAAAAAUCUUGUUGUCAUAAAUAAUUUGGCAAAUGUUCGUGGGGUGUCUGAUUUUGUGUCUUCAGAAGAAAAGGAUAAUGAUGGGCAGAAGAAGCCAUAUCGUUCUUUGAGUACUUCGAAAGUUAGGCGAGAUGAGGGAGCAGUUAGAAUAUUCCGGAGGUCUAGAACUACUAGUAUUGAAAGCGAAAAUUGUGAUGAAAUGAAGGCAACUCGAAAAAAUAGAUCAGCUUUUGUUGAAAAAGAGUGUGAUUCUGAGAGUACAAUAUCAUCUGGCUCGUCUGCGAUACCAGUAAAGAGAAGAAGCUGGAAUGGAGUAGAAAUUUCAGACUCCCCAUUUGCCAAGCGUGGGAUAAAACCAAGUGCUCGUAGGCGAAGUGCUUCUGUUUCUCCAACUUGGUCUGUUGGGUAUGAUAGCUCUGAUGACAAUUCUAACUCUAAAUCAAAAAGAAAAGAUAUUAGUAUAGAUCUAAAGUCAGUCAAAAGUUCCGACAAGUGCAGGAUCCCUAUGUCAGUGAAAUGUCAUGAGCAGCCCUUAGAUCCUCCUGGGGUGUUCAGUUGGGCUGAUGAUGAAAAAAUGACAGAAACUAAAAUUUCGUGGAAUUCCCUCCCCCCAGCCUUAGUGGAUCUAGGCAAGGAGGUGUUAAGGCACAGAGAUGUGGCUCUUCUUGCUGCUGUGGAGGCAUUGCAAGAGGCUUCUGCUGCUGAAAGAUUGCUCAAAUGUCUGAGUACAUACUCAGAGUUUCAGGCUGCCGAGAGGGAUGCUAAGAAGCCAUCAGUUGAUAAGUUCUUAAGCCUCCAAGAUGACUUGAUGAAUACUCAAUCAAUUGUUCAGUCAUUGACAAACAUUAGUCCACUAAGAGGAAAAGACCAUGAUCCAAACUUCCAUGGUUCCAUCAGAGAAUCUCUGAAACUUGCCAUGGACAGAAAGAAAAAUGCAACAAUCUGGAUUGAAACGGCUUUGGUAUCUGACCUUACCUUGUUGUCUGCCCCUAGUGCCCCUAAGGCUACCAACUUAGUGAGAAAAUCGAGUCUUCCUAAUGACAGUGAACUGAAUGGCAUGCGUAGAGUUAGAAAGCAGAGAAAUAAUGGUGAAAUCCAUAUUGGAUUGGCAGCUGAGAAAGACGGUACAAGAAGUUGGGUUAAGGGAAGUGCUCUGGAUGCAACUGUUCACCUGACAAAUUCCCUGCAUGAUGAAUUUAGAAAAUGGUUCUUGGCUUUUGUUGAGACUUAUUUAGAUGAAAUAAAUAGCAAAACCAUUUCCAUAGAAUCAGAUAGUGAGGUAGGUGAGAUGAUGUAUCAGAUUAAGAAGGUAAGUGACUGGUUAGAUGUGGUGGUUAACAAAGAGGUCAAAUCUCCAAAUCCCUCAGUGGAUGAUUCUGAAUUAGAAGCUUAUGGGAGGGUGAGGGACAAAAUAUAUGCGGUCCUCUUGAAGAAUGCUGAGAGAACUGCCAUGGCUUUUGAAAAUAUGAAUUUAGUAGCUGAAGGUUGAAGAUUUACUAGCAAUGAAAUCCCUUCCUUCCUGGAAGGAGAUUUGACAAACAUUAACUAGCUAGAAACUGUAUUUUAAUGUACCCAACUCUCUUUUUAAUUCUCAAUACAUGAAGUUGAUACGUAAA